AUGUCGAACCUUGAACAGGGAUGUGUGCCUAGCAAGGAGCUCACAGCUCAGCUGGAACACGACGCUCACCGCGCCGUAGAGGCAGAGCAUAAGAUGAGUCUGUGGCAGAGUCUGAAAACCUAUCCGCACGCUGCCGGCUGGUCAAUCUUGCUUUCGACGGCAAUCGUCAUGGAGGGAUACGACACGACUCUGAUCAGCAACCUGUACGCGUACGAGUCAUUUCAACGCACGUAUGGUGUCAAAGGGGCCGACGGCAAGUACCAGCUGACAGCAGCGUGGCAGUCAGGCCUGAGUAAUGGAGCCCUAGUAGGCGAAAUCCUUGGUUUGAUGCUCAACGGUAUCAUCGCGGAGCGCUUCGGUUACCGCAAAAGUCUCAUUGGUGCCUUGAUGCUCUGUAUCGCAUUCACCUUUAUCAUUUUCUUCUCCGCCUCCUUACCAGUACUUCUUGUCGGCGAAAUCUUCAUCGGCAUUCCUUGGGGUGUCUUUCAAACCAUCACCACCACCUAUGCGGCCGAAGUCUGCCCCGUUGUCUUGCGACCAUACCUGACGACGUAUGUCAACUUGUGUUGGGUGUUUGGGCAAUUGAUCGCCUCGGGUGUUUUGAAAGCAAUGCAGGCCAGAACCGACGAAUGGGGCUACAAGAUUCCUUUCGCGCUGCAGUGGAUGUGGCCAGUGCCCCUUAUUAUUGGGAUUGCACUCGCUCCAGAAUCUCCCUGGUGGCUGGUACGCAAGGGCCGUCAUGAAGAUGCGCGAAAGGCGCUGCAACGCCUGACAGUGCCCGAGCGUGAUCCGGACUUCAACGCGGACGAGACCAUUGCGAUGAUACGGAGCACAAACGAGAUGGAGAAACAAUGGUCUGAAGGUGUCUCGUACUGGGACUGCUUUAAGGGGGUAGACCUGCGGCGGCUCGAGAUCGUCUGCGUAACAUGGUCUAUCCAAACGCUGUGCGGCAGUACCUUCAUGGGCUACUCUACCUACUUUUACGAGCAGGCUGGACUUGCAACUAGUAAUUCUUUUACUAUGUCGAUCGUUAUGUACGUGAUGGGCGCAAUUGGUACGGUGACAUCGUGGCUACUGAUGGGGAAAUUGGGCCGACGGACCAUGUACCUGUCUGGCCAAGCAACAAUGGCUCUGCUACUUUUCAUCAUCGGCCUACUAGGACUUGUUUCGCCCAACAACUCCGGAGCGCAGUGGGCAAUUGGCAGCAUGCUGUUGGUGUACACAUUCGUAUAUGACGCGACUGUAGGUCCUGUUUGUUACUCACUGGUCUCGGAGUUGCCAUCGACGCGGCUACGACAGAAGACGGUUGUUCUGGCACGCAAUACGUACAAUAUCGUGGGCAUCGUUACCAACAUCUUGACGCCACGAAUGUUGAAUCCAACUGCAUGGAACUGGAGGGCCAAAACGGGUUUCUUCUGGGCGGGCUCGUGUUUGCUCUGCUUGGUCUGGACGUACUUCCGCUUGCCAGAGCCCAAAGGCCGCACAUACGCUGAACUGGAUCUGCUUUUUGAGCAAAAAGUACCCGCUCGCAAAUUCAAAACUACAGUUGUCGAUCCAUUUGCCGCCCAGUCGCAAUCAGAGGAAAAGAUUAGUAAGAUUGAGCACGUUGAAGUGGCGGAGAAGAUCUGAUGUUCUGUUAUAUAGGUAGUGUGUGAAGGUUCAG